AUGUCCAGAAGUUCCGAAGAGGCUGCGUCUGAAUACAGACUGGCUCUCGAGAAUCUGAAGGACAAUAACAAGAUGCAAAUAAAUCUGAUGACUAUAUUGGCGGAUGAUUAUAACUCUUUUUCAAAAGAUAUUGUUGAAGUAAUAGCGCAGCAAAUAAAGAAGGUUCCUCCGAUCCAAAAGUUACCGGUGAUGUAUGUAAUGGAUUCAAUUUUAAAGAAUUUAACGGGUGCUGGAAAUUAUAAAGAACAUAUCGAGAAAUCAGUUCACGAUGUUUUUGUGCACGUUUUUGAAACGGGUGAUGAAAGGACACGUUUGGCUUUACACAAGUUGAGGCAGACCUGGAACGAUUACUUUAAGGCUUCUACUUUGUACAAGAUCGAUCUUGCUGUUCACGCUAUUGAUCCAGCUUGGCCGAUAGUGACGCCUCAGCCGCACAGUGUUGCCUCAACCUCUGCAGCAUCACAGUCAAACCACACUACUACGACGGCAAUGCAUACGCGCAAUAGUAAAGUACAUGUCAAUCCGCAUUUCUUCCAGAAAAAUUCUGUUGCAAACGGGCAACAACAAUUGCCUUCAUUAACCACUGAAAAGAAGGGCGCGGAUCCAAGGUUGGCGAGAAGUGCAACAAACAACAGAAUUGCUAAUAAUGGGAAAACAGCUGAGUCUUCAGUCGGUACUCGUGCAACAGGCGACUCUAAAAUUACAUUCAACAUAGCAGCAGUGAAACAGGAAGUAACUGAACCCCCUACCGAUGUUGAUGAAAGGGUUGUACAGGAGCGCGAUGACAAAAGUGCUGUUAAGGGACAUUCUCGCUGGUACUUUUUUGCAAGAUUUUUUUAUGUGAUGGAAGAAAAUUUCUUUAAAUCAGCUAUUGUGUCUUCUGACAAAAGCCAUUAUGGUUUACUUUUGAACUGUUCACUACAUCAGUCCCGUCAUUUCAGGAUUGAACCCAAUGGGGUUGGCCGUCGAUCUCCUUUAGAGAACGGUGUGAAGCGGAGAGGUCCAGUUAGUGAAAUGGCUGUGGAAGAAAAGAGGUUAAGGAGCGUGAAGACUCCGCCAGUUGAAAUUAAUGAACAACAACCAUCAACUUCAACUGCCCUUCCUCGUCCAACAAAUAGCCUUGGUACUCAUGCUUUCGUGUCUGCAGUUCCUUUCCGUGCGCCUUACACUGCUCCUGUCAUACCGCAAGUAAUGCUUUCUGAUUUUUUAAAUAAUAUUUCGGUCAUACCAACAGUUGCCGGUAUGAUGCCAGUAUCUGUUCCUUCAAUGGUGCCUGUUGUUGCAUCGAAGUCUACUCCUUUCGCAUCUGCAGAAGUAUCUGGUUUGCCAGUGGUUCCCAUGCCGGGUUUUCCACCUUUGGCUCCUUCGCAACUUCAAAUGCCACCUAUGAUCCCACCGGGCACUUCGCUUUUGGCGCCAGGAGUCCCUGUUACAGCUCCUGUAGUUGCUCCAAUCGUUGCACCGUCGGUUUUACCAGUAGUUCCUGCUCCCACGGCUGCCGUGCCACCGAUUAUCAGUAGUGACACUCCAAAGUUGGAGGGAAUACCAGCUAAUAACAGGAUCUUUGUUGAUGGGCGUGCUUACGAAGUUUUCUUUGUUGAUGAUAUUCCUGUGAUUGAAAGGAAUGGUCUACCUCAUAGAAUUUAUUUUACGGGUGCUCCGCGCAACGUGAUUAUCGAUGGUACUGCACAUUUAUUACAUUUUGGGGAGGAAAAACGAGUCGUAAUUGAUGGGGAGGAACACGUUUUGAGGUUUGGAGCCCCAUCUCGUGAGUUAUACAUGGGUAAUUAUCCCUUCAAAGGUGCAUUUGGUGGUCCUCCUAUUUUUGCUACAAUCAAUGGAGUUCGUCAUGAAAUAAGGUUGGGUGGCCCUCCUCCAGACGUUAAGAUUGAGCCUGACCCUUGUUACGAGUUGCUCCCACAUAUGCCGCGGAAGACGAGCAAGCCAGCCAACCCGCCACCUGUUUCAAGCAUGGUUGUUUUAGAAAAGAAGCCUGCUGUUGACGUUAAGGAACUUCUUGCAAAUUUACAAAAGCGAGGAAUUCUUUCUUCUUUGAAAGGUACAACGACAAGCAGCUCACGGAAAGAAGAGUCUGGAGGAGACUCACCCAGUCGCUCUGCAACUCCUCCUAUUCCAUCCGAACAUAGAGGUGAAGUAACGGAUCGCAUGCCAAAACCUCCAUCAGAUUUUAAAAAUUUCUCAAUGCGGGCGUUGAAAAUACGGUAUGACUCCGUUAUUGAAGCCUUGCAUAAAUCUCGGCAGUUGUGUCCUAAUUGUGGCCUUCGUUUUAACGACUUAACGGGGGCAAAGUACCAGCAGCACUUGGAUUGGCAUUUCCGCGAGAAUUUGAAAUCGUCUGAUAAGUCGCGUUGCCGCGAAUGGUACAUCUCUUUGGAGGGUUGGCUAGAAUAUAGCGAGGAAAAGAAUAUUCUUGCCACUUCUUCUUCACAAGCAUCUUUGCAUGUAAGUGCAGAAGACACAGCUAAAGAAGUUGGAAAUAGAGUCAUCGUGUCAUGUGACUCUGUGGAAUCGAAGGAAUGCAGUGUCUGCAAAGAGAAGUUUGAAGAAUGCUGGGACGAAGAUGAGGAUACAUGGAUUUUAAAGGACUGUGUGCUAGGACCAGAUGGGAGGCCAUUUCAUCCGGGGUGCGUUUUGGACGCAUCUACUUUCCACUGUUCUGCUGGUGAUGCUGAAGAUGAUGAUGAAAAAUGUGAUAAAUCCUUGUUUUUUGCUGCUGAUGCAAACCAAAGUGACCGUGUCAGUUGUACAUUUGUGCAAGAAUAA